UGUAUAUUCUAUUUUUCUUUGACCAGCGAGGGGCGAUGUAGUGAUCCGCGUUCUGUAAGUACCUCAAAAGUAGUUGAAAAUGGCGGCUCUGCUAAACAACUCCUCUUUCAUUGGUAAAAGCAUUUAAAACCAGAUAAAUUCUCCCCUCCCUUUUACUACGAGGAAAUAUCUCUUGUAUUUCUUCUGCUCACCCCCACCACUUCCUCUCCAUUAAUGCCAAUCAUCACUGCUCCUUAAUACAUAUCUACAUAAAUAAUCACUACAGUCUACAGCUAAUGUAUUCAUACUGUUGAUUUUUUUUAAAAAAGAAAAGAAAAUGGGGCAUCACCAUAACAACCACCAUAGCCACCACCACAGCACCGCCACAGAUGGCGUUCCGCAGCGGGUCAACAGCCCACGAUUUUCGGGUCCAAUGACUCGAAGAGCCCACUCUUUCAAACGCAACAAUACUAACCAAACUACGCAAAAUACAAGUAGUACCAGCAGCACUACUGGUAGUACUACUUUGAAUACUCAUCAUGAGAUUGAUGUACUCAACUCACCCAGAUCUGAAACAACAAAUUCGAAUCUUGCUGCUGAUGGGUAUGAGAUUUUAGUGGAAAAGAAGCAAACCCAUUUGAGUAAUGUUAUUCAAAGGGUGCAUUUGAGGAAAAAGUUGGAAUCUUUGAGUGUGGAUUUUGGUUUUGGAUUGGAAUUGAAAGGGAGGAGGAAGUUGGGCCACUGGAUGUUUCUGGUGUUUUGUGGGAUGUGCUUGUUUUUGGGUGUUCUUAAGUUUUGUGCUUAUGGAUGGUUUGGAUCUGCUAUUGAUAGAGUUGCGUAUAGUCAGGAUUCAUAUGACUCACUGGUCAGUCAGCAAAAUCUAAGGGAUCAAAGCUCGCAUGCCUAUAGAAAUAUGGAUGGAGAUAUCGAAAAUGGUGGAGAACGGAAUCAUGUGGAACAGACUCUAAGUAUGGUUGCAUCAGGCGUGGUUGGUAACCAUAACAACAUCUUAGAUUAUUCAGAAAUAUGGUUGAAACCUAAUAGUGAAAAUUUCACUCAAUGCAUUGAGCGGACAAAGAGUCAGAAACUGGUUGAUGCAAAGACAAAUGGUUACCUUCUGAUAAAUGCAAAUGGUGGCUUAAAUCAAAUGAGAUUUGGGAUCUGUGAUAUGGUAGCUGUUGCUAAAAUCAUGAAGGCAACUCUUGUGCUUCCAUCUCUUGAUCAUACAUCCUACUGGGCAGAUGAAAGUGGCUUCAAAGAUCUUUUUGACUGGAAGCACUUCAUUGAAACUCUGAAGGAUGACAUCCACAUUGUCGAGACAUUACCACCAGAAUUUGCUGGAACUGAGCCUUUUAACAAAACACCAAUAUCUUGGUCUAAGGUUAGUUAUUAUAAAUCAGAGGUCCUCCCUCUUUUGAAGCAGCACAAAGUAAUGUAUUUUACUCAUACUGAUUCUCGGAUAGCCAACAAUGGGAUUCCCUAUUCUAUUCAGAAGCUGAGAUGCCGUGUAAAUUACCAAGCACUAAAAUACUCUGCGCCGAUAGAAAAUUUGGGAAGGAUUCUGGUUUCAAGGAUGCGACAAGAUGGAAGUCCUUAUCUUGCUCUCCAUUUAAGGUAUGAGAAGGAUAUGCUUGCUUUUACAGGCUGCAGUCAUAAUUUGACAGCUGAAGAGGAUGAAGAACUCCGUAGGAUGCGCUAUGAGGUCGGGCAUUGGAAAGAAAAGGAAAUUGAUGGUGCAGAAAAAAGAAAGCUUGGUGGUUGCCCUUUGACCCCGAGGGAGACUGCCCUUCUGCUUAAGGGUCUGGGAUUCCCGUCGAGCACCAGGAUUUACAUGGUGGCUGGUGAAGCUUAUGGGAACGGAAGCAUGGAACCUCUUCUGGAUAAUUUCCCAAACAUCUUUUCCCAUUCAACUCUUUCAACGGAGGAGGAAUUGAAUCCUUUUGAGCAUCACCAAAAUAUGCUGGCUGGUUUGGACUAUGUUGUUGCUCUUCAGAGUGAUGUUUUCCUUUACACCUACGAUGGAAAUAUGGCUAAGGCAGUGCAAGGUCAUAGGCGCUUUGAAAACUUUAAGAAAACUAUUAGUCCAGACAGGAUGAAUUUUGUGAAGCUAGUUGAUGAACUUGAUAAUGGUAAGAUUUCGUGGGAGAAAUUCAGCUCCAAAGUAAAAAAGCUUCAUGAGCCUCGUGCUGGUGCUCCUUACACGAGGGAGCCAGGUGAAUUUCCGAAGCUGGAAGAGAGCUUUUAUGCGAAUCCCUUUCCUGGCUGUAUAUGCGAGAAAACAUAUAGAUAGUAAAGCAGCUUGAGAAUCAAGUAUUUAGUUUCUUGAUCUCCUAGGAGUUCAGUCUGGGAAACCAUGGGAGGUAUUGCUAUGAAUAUGGUUCGAGAGCAUGCGGAUUGAGUCUUUUCUAAAGAAUUCAUCUCACUGGGAUAGAAGUUGUCGCUGUUUAGGAAUGGGUGACAUGUAUAUAUGCAGCAGACCAACGAGGUCAAGUUCAGCGAUUUGCUGCUGGUGCAGAGUCAAGUAUACCUUUCAACCAUACAAAGGCAUUAGUCAUUUUUAUUGAUCGGACGUUUUCCAUGAUACAUUCUUGGCAAGGGAGGUUGGAGCUGCCAAUAUCCAGAUAUGGCAGUAUAUGCACCCUGCAAAGUCCAAAUUAUAGAUUUGUAGGUGGUUGAUAUAGACUAUUGUUUCUUGAGAUACAAAUGACCACAUUAUAUUGUUAAAUUUUACAGCAUCUUUUUUAUGGGCCUCUUGAAUAUCUCACUUUAUAAAACGUGUCCGAUUGACAAUUUUGGGGUUAAUUUGAGGGAUGGUCACUUAACUUUCA